AUGACGCAGUGCCAGGACCGGAUAUGCAGUGGCCUUGGCGCCACCUUGGCGGUGAUCCAUGACAUCGACACGCAGUUUUUCUUGGUGAACCUCACCCAAGAGUUCAAGGGUGCAGCUUAUGUAGGUCUCUUUGAGAGGGGCACCAAUGAAAGUGGUGACUGGACUUGGGUUGAUGGCAGCAACUUCAGCUUCGAGCCCGAUGCGAAUGGGAGUCAGUAUCCCUUGGCCGGAUGGGCGAUCUCUGAGCCCGACAACUGGUGCCUAGAUGAGGACUGCGCCGCUUUGGGCGUCGAGUUCCUGCCCAACUACUCGGCUCGGGGUAUACCCUGGCUCUCGAGUCUCUUCGGUCCGCUGAAGUCCAAGGGCCUCUUCGACAUCUCCUGCAACACGCAGCUCCACUGCCUCUGCCAGGAGGGCCAGCAGGUCUCCGAGGACUUCGUGCUCUGGGAGUUCAACAACUCGGCCUUAACCAAUGAGAACAGCCUGCAUGUCAACGUGACCUACCUCCAGAACUACAUGACCUGCUUCUUCAAGCGGACGCGCUGCUGGUGGUACAACAAUCAGACCUUCCAGGGCUCCUUCCUGGGCCUGGGCUUGCUUUGCCUGGGCUGCCUCGUCUACAGCAUGACCGGCUGCCAAGAAGGGCCCAAGCCCGCAGUGACGCUCGGCGAGACCUCUGCGUCUUCGAACUACGGGCAGCUCUUGGAGGCUUGCGACCGGCAGAGUGAGGUGGACAGCACGGUGGACAGGUGGAUCGUGAAAGGAAGCUGGGCGUCCAUGCUCUACGGGAUCCUCCUGGUGGGCCUCUCCGUGACCACCAUCUGCCACGUGAACUUCGGCAUCGGCUUUGGCUUCGGCCUCGAUGGUCUGGUGGCCUUUGCCAUGUGCGCAGCACAGGUGAUCAUCAGCACCAGCGCCUGCAUGGUGCAGAAGCACCUGUCCACGCCUUCCAGGGUAGUCGUGGAAUGGUGGGUGCUGGCCUUUGCCCUUGCAAAGGUAGGCAUGGCCAUAGGUGACCUGAUCCUAGCUGUGAUGUACAUCACAGAGACCUUGGGUGGAUUCGUGCGGGAGAACGCCAGCUUCUGUAGCGCUGGCUACCUCUUCUGCUGGAUGCUCAUGGUGUCCAUGGUUUGCCAGAGCGUUGCAGGCAUGGCCAUAGCCAGGAUUCAUACCCGAGCCGCCCAGCACAUGGGGGGGGUUCAGAACCUGACCAAGCUCAUCGGCUGCUCCGGUCUCCUCCUGAUUGUGGCCACCUUCGGGGCAGGGCUGGGGCUCGGGGUCUGCGGUGGGCUCUUCAUCUUCGACGACUCCACCGAUGCUCUGGAUCCCAUGGCCGGCAUCGCCUUCUCCUACUUCGCCGCCGCGCUCUGCCACUUCUUCGCCGGAGCCGGCAGCCUCCGCGCGAACACGCAGGUCAGGGCACACUACCAAAAGGGUGCCCGGACCAUCACGGAGAUGCAGAACUUCUAG